CGCGAACGUGAACCACAUUCUUGGCGGUUAAUCUUCCGUCGUCACAGGGUUCAACGCCUUGCUCUUUCAUGUCCAAAUUUUUGGUAUCGUCAGUCACCACUUCGAUUCAUUCCCGAUCAAAAAACAAUCUCCCGUCCACUGGACGUGAUUAUCCUCUUUGCGUUGAAGCGAUCUUUCUCUCUAAAGCGUCAACAUGGCACAGUAUCCUUUCCCAUUCAGCCAGGCUGCGAAGCUUGAUUCAAGGAUCAUUCCUCGCCCAGCCUAUGACCCUGAGCUCGUGAAGCUGCUUGAUGCUACUACAAUCCCCGAGGAGUUCGAUCUUGACUUGAUGCGUGGGGUCUCAAAAGACGAACAUCAAUGUCCACAUGGUGAGACGGAGGAGACGGAAUUCAGUGCGGAUACGAUUCUCAGAGACAAACCCUUUCUACUCCAUGACGAGCAUUCAAUUCUUGGACCCGACAACACUACGGUCAUCCUUUCCGUUUUUACGCCAAAGGAACCCUCGAGUACUCCACGGCCCGUUUUGUACCAUAUGCAUGGAGGUGGACUUGUCAGUGGAGACAGGUUCACUGCGCUCACACCUAUCAUCGACCUUUUGGAGGGCAUUGACUGUGUCGUGGUGUCUGUUGAGUAUCGCUUGUCACCCGAGACUCCUCAACCAGGCCCUAGCGAAGAUUGUUAUGCCGGGCUUGUGUGGCUUUCUGAUAAUGCUAAUAAGCUCGGGAUCGAUCCAGCCCAGAUUGUGCUCUUCGGUGUCUCCGGUGGGGGUAUAGUGGCCACAGCGGUGUGCCUCAUGGCUCGAGACCGAAAGAAUCCUUCCAUCCCGAUCAAAGGUCUGAUGCUGUAUGCACCUCAACUCGACGACCGGUGUGAAACACUGUCAGAUCAGCAAUACGAGUACGGUAAUCCAACCAGCACACCAUGGGUGCGUGCCUGUUGGGAUCUUGUGCUUCCGAAUAUUCGUGGCACCGACAAAGUCACACCUUACCACGCACCAGCCCGCGCCGAAGACUAUUCUAAUCUCCCCCCGACCUACGUUGAUGCUGGCGAGUGCGAGGUUUUACGCGAUCAGGCAGUACAGUUUGCGACGAACAUGUGGCGGUGUGGAUCUACUUGCGAGUUGCACAUCUGGCCUGGAGCAUACCAUAUCUUCGAGAUGAUUAACAACCCCGACCACUUGCUCAUUCAGUCAGCCAAGGCAGCGAAAGCCAAUUGGUUCAAGAGAAUGAUGACGACCCGAAGCUGUUAGGAUUUUGGUGCACAGGCGUACGGCUGAAUCCAGAUACGGAUAUCACAUGUUGUGAAGAUUUCGCGACGGCUAUGAGGACGCCAACGUCUUACACAUGUCUUGUACACGUCUGAGUAUGUGAGGGUACUGUGCGAGAUAUGCGGGUCUUGAAGGAGGCUCCGAGGAGCACUCAGUUAGCCGCGGGCUUGGCAGACGUGUAUAUACGGACCAGUCAUAGCUACUCUAGAAAAUCAGACAUCUCAUGCUUUUCUAUCUCAGCUCAGGGAGUCAGGGUUCAAAACAGAAGCGAGUAACCGUCAGCGUAAGAAUUAUUUAGGCAGUGGUGGUUAGCGAUAAAGUAAGUUCAGUGUGAUUAAAAUAAA